AUAAACAGAACUCUCUCUUUCUCCGGAGUCACACUGCGAGAGACUCGGAAAAAAAGAAAAAAAAAAUCAAAACUUUCUCUUCUCUCACUGAGUGCUCUUUAACUGUGUGUAUUGUUACGAAGAAGGAAAUGGAGAAAAAGCAAGGAUUUUUCUCAGCUCUCAGAGGUCUAUCUCCGUCGCGUUCAAGGGCAAGGUCACGCUCAGUUAGUCCAGCUCGGUCUACCUCCCCGAUGAAAGCUCUCUCAUGGGGGAAGAAGAAGAACUCCACCGGUGGGUACUGUCUGUCUCAGCCGGAGCUUUCGGUCGGGAGAUCCGGAAGCUUGAGACCCGUGAUGGAAGGUCCUGAUCCAGACGAAGAAGAAGGAGUAGGAGGAGGAGGAGGAGGAGGGAAUGUAGGAGAUUCGAAACGCCUCGGGUCGGGUCUAGGUCACUGGGUCAGGGGACAGCUGUCACGCGCUCCUUCAGUCGCCGCGACGGCCGUCUGUCGGAGAAACGAUCUCAGGCUCCUCCUCGGAGUCAUGGGAGCUCCUCUUGCUCCCAUCCACGUCUCCUCCUCUGAUCCUCUCCCUCAUCUCAGCAUCAAAAACACUCCGAUCGAGACAUCAUCUGCUCAGUACAUUCUCCAGCAGUACACGGCGGCUUCUGGGGGACAGAAGCUACAGAGCUCCGUCAAGAACGCGUACGCCAUGGGGAAGCUCAAGAUGAUCACUUCCGAGCUCGAGACGGCCACGAGAACCGUUAGGAACCGGAACCCGUCGAAGGCUGAGAGCGGAGGUUUCGUUCUCUGGCAGAUGGAUCCGGACAUGUGGUACGUUGAGCUCUCUGUUGGUGGUAAUAAGGUUCGUGCUGGAUGUAACGGGAAGCUCGUGUGGAGACACACUCCUUGGCUUGGUUCUCACUCCGCUAAAGGACCCGUCAGACCUCUCCGCCGUGGACUUCAGGGGCUAGAUCCGAGGACUACUGCUGCUAUGUUUGCGGAGGCCAAGUGUAUAGGAGAGAAGAAUGUGAACGGUGAAGAUUGCUUCAUUCUCAAGCUAUGCACUGACCCUGAAACGCUGAAAGCGAGGAGUGAAGGACCAGCUGAGAUCAUAAGGCAUGUCCUCUCUGGCUACUUUAGUCAGAAGACAGGACUCUUGGUUCACAUCGAGGACUCGCAUCUGACAAGGAUCCAAUCCAACGGUGGAGAUACUGUUUUCUGGGAGACAACGUACAACUCGUCCCUAGACGAUUACCGCCAGGUGGAAGGGAUCAUGAUCGCUCACUCGGGACACUCGGUUGUGACGCUUUUUAGGUUUGGGGAAGAGGCGAUGAGCCACACGAGGACUAAGAUGGAAGAGAGCUGGACCAUUGAGGAGGUUGCGUUUAAUGUUCCUGGUCUGUCUCUGGAUUGCUUUAUACCACCGGCUGAUCUCAAGACCGGUUCUGUAACGGAGUACCCACAAGAGGAAAGAGGGAAGAACAAUGCUGCUGCUCACAGGGCCAAAGUUGCAGCCUUGGAGAAUGGGAGCUUUGAACCUAACCGCUAAGCUUUGUGUGUCAUACUCUGAUGUCUAACGUUUAAAAAAGAGAGCUUAUGGCUAGUACAACCCUUUGGAAGGUAGCAGUAUUUAUCAGAUGCAAUUUGUUUAUACGCCUGGUAACUCUAGCUAACUCUUCAUAGCAGUUUUUUUUUUAUCGGAUUAGGAGUCGGGUUUAUUAGCAUAACAAAAGAUUCAUGGUUCAAACCGGAUAUUUUUUUUUUCUCACUCUAGUCCCAGGAGAAUGGUAUGGAGUUUGGAUUUGGUUUUA